GCUUGCUGCUGCUCCAGGACAGCCCCUGCGCGUACUGUACGUCUCGCCAGCGGAAGGACCGAGCAGGGAGCAGAGCGACUUUAAACUUUCCACAAAUCAAGAACAAAGCAGAAUUCUCCCCCUGGCAGUCCCUUAAAUCAUGGCAUUAUUUCUGCCAGAAAAACACAACCCCAAACCCACAGGAGAAAGGGAAAGUACUUUUAAAACUGAGGAAAGAAUGCCGUUCUUUACACUAAGGGUGGUGAGGGUCUGGAACAAGAUGUCUAUUAGCUCUUUUGUUGAAUCUUGAUGUCCUGGCUUCUGUAAAAAAAAUGGUGGAUUGAGAUUCUCAGAUCAUUCAAUCAAUUAGAUCAAUUCAGAUCAAUUAGAUACUAAAGAACUAGACAUGCCUUAUGGCCUAUUCUCAUUGUUUUCUUAUGUUCAAGUCUAGCUAUUAGAAUGCAAACCCAAAAGGGAGAUAGGGAUUCUCUCUGUGUUACACAAUAUCCUGUGUGAGGUGUGAAAGUGGCUGGAGAUGAGUUCAUCAACACUCACAGCAGGCACAAGGGCCUCUGUCCACAAGGUGCUUUUCCUCUGAUCAUCACUCCUUGGAGAUCAAGUGACCAUCUGCUAGGAGGAGCUCAGUGAGCCCUCCAGGCAUUGAAGAAGACUGAAGCUGAACCCGAAAGAGAGAACAGGGGGCCUGGCUGUUUUCAAAAACUGGAGGAAGUUCACUGGCACUUUAUUGACUUCAAGCUUCUCCUUCAGAUGGGGGCUGUGGAGUAACACUCAUCCCCCGCAGAGUCUGAAAGACCCUGACACAUUUCAUCUUCAGUCUGGGACGUCCCUUUCUGUACAGAUCAUAAAAUAAUUUCCCUCAGCCUAACUCCUGAAAGCACCACACUGCAGAAGCGCAUGCUCGCCACUCUGGUGCAGCAAGACAGAAAUACAACUCCAGAUCUCCCCAAAAACGCAGUGUGUUUUUUUUCUGGUAUUUACGCCAGAGUGUGGAGGCCUACUGGAUUUUUUUUUUUUAAGCUCGGGUAUUUACAAGGAUGUCUGAAUCCGCCUGGCAGAAUCCUGGUGACUAGCCAGCCAGUAGGAGUCGCGUCUGGGAGGAGACAGAUUGAGUGAUGUCCUGAGGGCUUGUGGGUUCUGCCUUCUGAUGCCCUCCCCCGCUUCUAAAGGAGCAGAACAAGUUGCUGAUACUGAUCUAAUAGUACAGUAUGCGUGUGUGAUCAGCUGUCUUUUUCGUUACCUUUCACUGCUGCCAAAUUCGUACACGCUCACCCGAAGUUAAAGUGAAAUAUACAGUUUGUACGUAUUACCCUUCUGAAUAUACAAAUGUUGCUUGACUUCUGUUUUAAGGAAGACCGUUGGAUGGAUAGGAACACUUUUGCCGGGAAAAUGUCAUUUUGUUUUUGUGCUUUACAAAGCAAGCGGUCUUUUAAUGCCUAGAAUAUCAGGGUGCUAAAAUAUUUGACUUUUUUAUAAAACAUCAAACUUUCAAAGGGAAAAGACACCAUUAGUGGGGUUUUUUCCUUUACAGAUACAUUACGCAUGCAGUUUAUACUAUUAAGAAUAAUGUGUUUUUCUUUACCGCUGGGCGAUACUUUAGGUCAUAACAUUCCCUUAAAAAUGAGCAGGGACUUCAAGAUCUGAGAUCAUGCGUUGGUCUAUGAAUGGUCUGAUCGUGUCCUUAUGUAAGGUUUCUUUAUGACAACAGACCAGCUUUCCAGAGUGUCUUUCUCUUUCUCCCCCUAGCGUUCGAUGAGCGUAUUUUAGUACCUCUAAAAUUGUGCAAGCUUAAGUGGAAAGUCCCUCAUACUGGAAAUCCCCACCCGGGCUUUUCCAUGUGAAAAAAAUGUCUCUAACUUAUCUAGAGGUCGUUUUUUUUUCUUGUUUAGUUGACAAGUCUCUAGCCUGAGUGAGUGGAGCCUGAACCAAGAAGCAAUCAUACUACCCAAAGGAUAUGAAGGUUUAAUGGCGUUUGGGACUGUGGGUUAUACAGUCUAGAGCUUGGGGUUCAGGGUUACCUUUUUGUACAGUACAGCAUCGAGGAGUUUUGUCUGUCCUAGAUACAUUGUAAAGAUUUGUAUUAUUAUUAUUUAUUGGGGGGAAAAAAGAUGUCCCAGGACCAGAACUUUCUGCCCAAGUUCCUGUUUGUGAGCAACCUUCUGAAGACCGUGAAGAUCCGCGAGCGGGUGCCCGACGAUGUGGUCAAGCCCACUCCCCCUCUCCGGAUCAUCCACCACCUGCGGAGCAUGCACAGGUACACCCUGGAGAUGUUCCGCACCAGCCAGUUCCCCCAGAGGUUCCGGGAGGUCAUCCAGGCCGCGCUCCUGGACCAGGCCAUGCAGACGUCCCUGGAGCGGGAGAAGAAGCUGAACUGGUGCCGGGAGGUCAAGAGGCUCGUCCCUCUCCGGACGAACGCAAUGAGCAGUUCACAUGCCAUAGUCUCUCAAGCACACCCAGGCCUGAAUUCUCAUUCUUCUUCACAGAACUGGGAAGAGGAGUGGGAGAAAGUGGUGGAGAUGGCCUCUCCUGUGUCCAGUCGCACCGGCCUUCAGUACGAUUCGCUGGAGGACAUCCACAUAUUUGUUCUGGCCAACAUCCUUCGCAGGCCGUUCAUAAUCAUCGCAGAUCAGGUCUUGAGGAGCAUGAAGUCUGGUACGGCCUUCUCCCCUCUCCAUGUUGGAGGCAUUUACCUGCCUCUUCACUGGCCUCCGGAGGAGUGCUACAAGUAUCCCGUCGUCCUCGGCUACGACUCCCAGCACUUUGCUCCCCUCAUCACCAUAAAAGACAGCGGUCCAGAAAUUCGAGCCGUUCCAUUAGCGUAUCCGGGACGGGGUGUCUUUGAGGACCUCAGAGUGCAUUUCCUCAUCAAUUCUGAGAAAGAGGAAAAGGAUAAAUUGAUCAAGGAUUACUUGACACUCAUCGAAAUACCCGUGCAAGGCUUUGGCUAUGAUACCACGCACAUUAUCAAUGCAGCAAGGCUGGACGAAGGUAACCUGCCGGAGGACAUGGACCUGAUGGAGGACUACCUGCAGCUUGUGAACCACGAGUACAAGCGCUGGCGGGAGAACUCGGAGCCCGCCCGGCAGCCCCGGCCCAGGGCCGCCCCAGACUUCUCCGUAUCCCAGCUGUCCCUCAUCGAGGCCAAGUGCGCCACCAACAGGUGCGCCUUCUACGCCUCCGUCAACACCCAGCCCUUCUGCCACGAGUGCUUCGAGAAGCAGCGGGCGGGCGGGAGGCCGGAGGUCCGGCCCAGGAGCCAGAGCCCGCUGGCGGGGUCGGAGCCCGAGAGCAGGGGCCGGGCCGGGUCGCCGGGAGGCACCGCUCUCCCCAGCCCCCGCGCCGCCCCGCCCACAGCCCCCAGCCUCAGCCUCUACAGCGAAACCCACGCCAUGAAGUGCAAGACGCCGGGCUGCCUGUUCACCCUGAGCGUGGAGCUGAACGGACUCUGCGAGCGCUGCUUCGGCGCCAGGCAGGCCGGUCGGGGAGCCCCCGCGGCCCCUCGCGACCUCCCGCCGCAGGGCGCGCGGUGCAGCCUCUGCCAGCAGGAGGCCUUCUGGGGGUUUAACGGGCUGUGCCCCUCCUGCGCGCAAAGGACUGGGAGCCAGGGGGUGGCUCUGCCGCGCCACCAGGUGUCCAGGCUAGACGCGGCGCAAGCCGGGUGGGCGUGGCCCCAGCUUUCUGGCGCAGUGUCCAGCGCCGAGGAAGCUGGCCCUCCGGCCCCCGGCCCAGCGGCACAGCCGUGCAAGAAGCGGGGCUGCCAGUACUUUGGAACAGAAGAGAAACUGGGAUUCUGCACCCUGUGUUUCCUGGAGUACGAGACCAACUGCAGAGAGGAGCCUCUCGUGGCCCUCCAGAGAAGGUCUCCGUCUCCGGGCCAGGCCCGUUCGGAAGCCCCGGUCUUCCAGAACUCCUCCCGGUGCCUGGGCCACAGCUGCAGCCACGUGGGCAGCUCCAUGUUCGAGGGCUACUGCCAGAAGUGCUUUGUGAAGGAGCAGAACGAGAGGCUGAGAGAAGCCAGACAGCCCAGCCCGGCUCUGAUCAUGAGAGCAACACAGCAGAGGGACCAGCACAGCCCUGUGAAAUGCAGCCGCAGCAGCUGCAACAACGUCACGUCAGUCAGGGGGCAGAUGUGUCCGGAGUGCCACUCCAGGGAUGUGAGGGGCCACCGCAGGGGACAGGCAGCUGAGGAGACGCCUAAACAGCGAUGCAGGACCCAAGGUUGUGACCACUACGCCAAUCAGGAGAAGCAAGGCUACUGCAACGAGUGUGACCACUUUAAGCAGAUCUACAGGGGUUAAAGUGAAGGCACCUUGGACUCCCGAGCCUUAUUAUCUUGUUAUCUUUAACAUUCACGUGAUCAGGAGGCAAACACCUCUGUCUCUCAAGAGCAGCCUGACGGCUUGACGCAGUUCGUGGUGUAGAAAUGACUGAGCUUGCCGAAGCACAGCAGACACUUGACGUUUCGUCCUUUGUGAUAAUGUUCACCUGUGUUGACGGUGUUUCAUUAGGCAAUACUAUUGGGAUUAAUCCCUGUGUUACAUUCACACUCUAAAGCUGUUUAACAUUCGUCACUGCAAGUGAAAAUGCAGACUCUGCUUUCUGGGUAUAUCUAACAGCGGUCAGCUGGGAAGUUAACCUGGGUAAGGCUAAGCUCUGUGCCGAGUCACUUAUCAAACACAAGCUGCUACUUGUUAUCCUGCUACUUGGGAAUGUUAGCUCCACGAUAGCAAGAAUGUGUCUGAUAAAGCAUAAGUCUGGAUCGGUUUUGUCGGAAGAAGGUGCUAAAUAUACACUAAAAUAUUCAAACCAUUUUUUUUUUGCAAUACUGGAUCAAUUUUCAUAGGUAAGGUUUGCAUUUAACCCUAACCUUCACCCCCGUAGAUGUGUGCUUAAAUCUCUCGAUGGGCUGUUUGACAGCACAAUAAUGAUUAAAAACUUGUAUUUUUAUGUCAUUUCACAAAGUGACUUUGGAGGCCUGAAAGAAGUGUUCACUUGGUCAUAUCUGAAUCGGUUUGACCUGCUAGAAUUGGCAUAAAGUCCACGAGUUGCAUAAAGUCUGAGAGCUGCCCUAAUUAAUUCUGCAAGAAGCCAGUCAGUCACAAACCUCUGGAAGCAUGCUGGAGUCUUUCACUGACCCUGUAGUGCAGAGUUACUUAACCCUGCAUUUCCUCCAGUCCUCUGUUGGUGAUUGUGGUUAUCAUUGCUUUAAAUGAUAGUUUACAGGAUCAGUCAAUGUGCUGCCCUGUUGUAGAGUGGAAAACCUGUGUGUCAAGUAGCCAGUAGCCCUGGUGUAGUGAAAAUAAUAAGUAAUUGCAGACACAUGGUGAUAACUGACAAUACAGACCUGACAAGUGUCUGUGACUCAUCACUAUAGUUUCUCUGCAGUUUUAGUACAGCAGCUUGUCCAAAGGAUGGUGGAAUGAUUAAUAUUAUUAUGCCCCAAAUUAGAAGGCAGUCCUCAUUAUUCACUGAUGAUUUCCGGUCAGGAGCUGGAUGUCCCGAUUGAAAAUUUUUAGUUUACAAAACUCCCAUCAUCUCCCACUUGUUUUACUCAUGAUAAAUGUGUUAUUGUUCUCCUGAGAAUUAUAAACCUUGAUUGUGAGUACGGGUAAAGAGAACCAAGGUUUAGAUUCACUAGAAAUCCAACCCAUCACUUGCUGCAGCAGAGUUCUUCGCCCAAGUAAAGGGAAUUUAGAAGGGACUGCUUGUCAAGUUAAGUGUGGUUCUAACAGUAACACGUUAUAUUCAAAAAAUUAUAGUUUAUUUUAUUUGAACAUUAGGAUAAUGUUGAAGACAGUGGGUGCCAAUAAUCAUGGCUGUGGCAGAGUUUGUGUAUAAAACAUUUUACCCAGCAAUUAUAAACCCUCAGAACGGCUUUUGGGCCUGGAAAACUGCCAGUCAUACACGGACACCUCACAGGAAGCUCGACAUCCGCAGAUCAAACACGCAGAAGCUGUUUUCCUGCUCUGAAGUUCUGCAGGCCUCAGGCAGGGAUUCCUCACCUUGUGUACAACCUGCCUUUGCGCUGCUCUGGGCUAGUUGCUUUUCACAGUCGGAGCCGGUUCCUGUUUGACUUCAAGUUGCGCCAACACCCUUGUUUUUCUGAUGGGUUGGUUUUUGUGGGCAUUUUGCAACUGUGAAUUUUGUGCAAUAUCAUGUUGAUAUGCUUUCACCAUAAAAACAAUAAGCCAUUUUGACCAUUAUUAGCAUCACGGCCUAUUUGGUUAGGCCUUGUCUUUCCCCUUGAAAUCUGUUCUGAUCUAGACCUGCAGUUCAACAGGGACCAAAGGGAUUUCUUCUGAAACCAGUGUGGAAUUUGCAACAAGUCGUGGAAAUAGUGGGGGGAAAAAAAAAACCUUCUUGGUCUUUCUGACCAUCUUGAUCUUUGUAAGCUCUCUCUAAAAAGGGAAGGUUUUUCUUUUCAAAAAGAUCUGCCUGGAUCUGGAUUCAAUGAAGCAGAAUUGCACAAUACUUCAAUAAGCUGUUCUGUAAAAAAAACCCAAUGUAAAUAUUUAAAACUGAUGUUGCUUAGGAAGCAAACUGUUCAUAUUCCGACAAAUAUGGUACUUUCUGUGCUUUUGGCACAUCCUAGAGAAGGAUGAAGUUUGAUGACAUUUUGCUAAACCUUUCUGUCAAGCUCUGUUAGGAGCUAUGUUAGGAAACAUUGAAGCUAUUAUUUUGUUGUCCUUCAUGUAUUUAUUCAUUGGGAAAAUAGAGAUUACUUAGAUUAUGAAUACAAUUUAUUUAUGCACAUCAUCAAGAAAUAAAUUAUUUUGAAUACGU